AUGUCCUCCCGCCCAGUGCGCAGUCCUCCCCACCUCCCAACCCGCAUCGAGCUCCUCGUCCUAGGGCUCUACCCAGCUCUCCUGCUGUUCGGCGCCCUAUUCUCCUUCGUGUCUCCCGAGACUCGCGCCUCGCCCUACGACCCCGUGCGACAGUCUCACUACCCGCCCGAAAAAGCGCCGUCCUAUUUCGCGCGCAAGGAUAAUAUCUUAAACGUGUUUUUCGUCAAGCGCGGCUGGGCAUGGAUUACCAUCGCGUUCUUCGUCUUCUGGGCGACUCACCCAGCUGUUACAAGAAAGGAUUGGGGGAGUAGGAUCAAGGCUGUGAUGAGAUGGGCUUCUGUUACGACUUGGUGGAUCUUCGUGACGCAGUGGUUCUUUGGUCCGGGUCUUGUGGAUAGGGGGUUUAUGUUGACGGGAGGUAGAUGUGAACGCGAGAUUGGGGAGCUUAUCGCUGAGGUGUUUAGUGCUUCUGCGUGCAAGGCUUCGGGGGGCAAGUGGAAGGGUGGGCAUGAUAUUAGCGGGCACGUUUUCUUGCUCGUGUUGGGGAGCUAUUUCUUAAUCCAGGAAGUUGGAUGGGUUGUUGUGCGGUCGACGAAGGCUGUUGAGGAUGAGAGGUGUGUUCUGAUGGACGAUGGCGCCAUCAAGAGUGCUGCGGUCGAAGCACCGCCUGAUAAGAGGGAGGAUGUGCAGGUUUUGACCAACGUUUUUGAAGCUCUGGCUUUUGGCGGCAAGUUCGCUGCCGUUGUGAUUGGACUUUCUGUAUGGAUGCUCUUGAUGACGGCCAUAUACUUCCACACUUGGUUUGAGAAGCUCACUGGCCUCCUUACUGCGCUGGCCGAAUCACAGGCUCCCGUCAGCAGCAGAUCGAGUUCCCAGGGUCCAUCAGGGUCCAAAAGUCCGCGCACAUUCCGUGACAAUAUGACGGCACUGCCUGACAGUAUGUCGUCCGUCAAGGUCCCUGCCAACCUGCCUGAGCUGGUCAAGGCUGCCUUUGACCGGGCAGUUGCCAGCGGCGAUGUCAACUUUUUCGCGACUCAGGUAACCUUGAUCAAUGUCAACUCCAUUCCUUUCCAACUCCGUUUCUCUCCAGCCCUAGCCAAGAAACCAAACGCCCCGCAGCCCGCCCCUGCUCCUGUUCCUCCUACUCCUUCGACUGUCUCGACCGCGACACCGACCGAUGCAGCCCAGAAACCUCUGUUCAACCCUUUCGCGCCGCCAAUCCCUCCACCUAUGCUAGUCACCCACCUUGAGCCGAGCCACAAUCUCAUUCUCAACAAGUUCGCAAUCAUUCCCGAGCACUUCAUCCUCGCAACACAUGCUUUCAAGGAACAGACACAUCUUCUGGAGGCGGCAGACCUGGAGGUUGCCUACCAAUGCAUCGAGGUGUACCAUAGUUACCACAACUCUAAAAACGACAAAGGAGGAGAGCUCUUCGUCUUUUUCAAUUCCGGCCCUCACUCGGGAGCAAGCCAGCCCCACCGGCAUCUACAACUCUUGCGAGUAAACCGUAUGAAGGAGGGUCUUAGUAGCAAUGAUGCCAACAUAUGGACCGUGCUGGCUGGGGAACUCUGCCGGGACGAGGUUCGGUCUAGGCUGCCGUUCCGCGUGUUCGCUGAGCAGAUCCGCAACGGCGACGGCAUAGUCAAGCCCCUUCAUGACGUUUAUCUCCGUCUCUACCGAAAAGCUUGUGAGGCUGUGCUGGGCACCGCAAACACCGCAGCCACAGGAGUAGGUCAAGUCAGUGGCGAAGCUAGCAUCAGCUACAACCUCGGGAUGACAAGGGACGUGAUGGUGGUUGUGCCACGCAUUGCUGAGGGCCAGGCUGUCGUGGCCGAUGUGGAUGGGCAACGGCAGGAGGUUGGUCGCUUGGCACUUAAUGGCACUGUACUGGCUGGUACUGCGCUGGUCAAGACGCAGGCUGAGUGGGACGCCUUGAGGGCAGAGCCACAGCAAAUUCUGGAAGUGUUGGGCAGGAUAGGGGUUCCGAAUAUCCAGGCGCCGGCGUUACUAUGA